GCAACGAGUUGGCUCAGCAGUCAGUGAGCAGUCGACUCGAUCGCCUCCUUCAAAGGACCGACGACACAGCAGCGCGCACUCUGUACGUAUUGGAGUGAGAGAGCAGACGCGCCUCCGAGUGUUUUACGGACAGAGAGGCAGCAGCGAGAUAUCUAUUCGGAGAGAAAAAACAAAAAGUGUAAACUCGUGGAAGCUUCGGAGCAGCAGUGAUGAUGCAGCGACUUGUCAGCAGCGGUGCUGCCAGUAGCAGUGCCGGCAGCGGUGCCGGUGCGGCCACCGGAUCCUACAACAGCCUGGCCCUCGUCCUCCUCAGCCUCGCCUCGGUCAUAAGCAGCGGCUCGAGCUUCAGCUUCAGCCGGAAUCUCCACGACGUCGAGCAGGAUGUGGCCGAGGACGCGAGCCUCUACUCCCAGGAGAUGCGGCUCAGCGCGCCCGAAAUCACCCAGCAGAAGCAGAGCCAGCAGCAGCAGCAGCUCGAGCGCUACGUCAGCAUCAGGUCCAGUCCCAGCAGCUACAUCAGCGUCCCUGCAGGGCACAGGCUGGAGCUCAAGUGCGAGGUGGACGGCAGCCCGCCACCCAAGGUCUACUGGAUCAAGGGCGAGAACCCCGAGCGACAGGUGGAGCAGCUCGAGCGCGAGAGCGUCGGCGAGCUCUCGUACACGGCUAUCUCGCGGGAGCUCUCCAAGCUCGUCAUCGACUGCGUCACGCCCCAGGACCAGGGCCUCGUCCACUGCGUCGGCUUGUCCGGCGACAAGAUGGUCAUAUCCCAGCCGACGGUCCUCAACGUUCAAGGUGGAAACGUGAGCCUCAGCAGCAGACCCGAGUGCCAGAAGGGUGGCGCGAGCGCGCCGCCGGUCAUCACGCGGCACCGACCCAUCUACUUCUCCGAGAUGGGCUCGACGGUCGAGCUGCCCUGCGAGGCCAGCGGCAAGCCCCGGCCCCACGUCUACUGGCUCGACGGCGAGGGCAAUCCGCUGAUGGACCCGCGCUUCGCCGUGCAGCCCGACGGCAACCUGCUCAUAUCCAACAUCCGCUGGCAGGACAUGGACGGCUACAAGUGCAUCGCCAAGUCGCCUCUGGGCGAGACCGAGGCCGUGACCUUCCUCUACCCGGCCGCCAAAAAUAUUUCUACGAUUGCAGUCCGACUCGGAUAAGAGGAAGGCCAAUGCUCUUUAGGAUGAGGAUAGCGCCUGAAGGUUGAGGAGGAGAAGCGACACACACACACACACACGCGCGACUUUUGCAGCCUCCCGACAAAUUUACGUCUGACAAAGAUAGUACAUGUAUACCAUAUAGGCAGUCGUAAGAGACCUAUAGGAGAUAAAGGGCGCAAGCGUAAAAAAAAUAACGCGCCGACGCCAGCAGACGACAGACACCCACGAGGACAAUGUUCAUUUCGUUUAUUCAAAGAAAGAGCUAUUCGACGACUUAUCUAGUCACUAUGAGCCUUAAUUGCCCGAUCUCAACUCCACGAGUUUGUGGCAAAGAAGCUGCGCCCGGUAACUUAAUUCAUUUGCUCGCUAAGCAAACACUUAAUGUACAUUCCGCUUAAGAUAAUAUAUUAUUAUUACGUUAUUUUAUUGUAUUAAUAUUAUUAUUCUUAUGGUUAUUAUUAUUAUUAUUAUUAUUAUUAUUAUUAUUAAUAUUAUUAUUAUUGAAUUUAUUGUAAUUACGAUGCCAAACCUCGGUCGUCAAGUAUUUUAGUCGGACCUAUUUCUCAGGAUAUUAUAUGUACGCGAAACAUUCAGUGCUUGGCUGCUACGUUGUUCGUUAUUUAAUUGUGUAGUUGAUCUGCAUCGUGAAGUAAAAAGGGCGGAGAGAGAAAGAGAGUUUGAAAGAUAAGCGAGAGAAAGAUAGAUAGAUAAUGUGUAAAUGGGAAGAAAAAUCAAGUUUUUCUCAUGCUCGCUAGAUUUUUUCUCAUUUGCUAUUGUUCCUAAAUUUGUAUUUUAACGACAAAAAUUAUAUUUAAGUUUGAGAAGUAUAUGCAAGUUGACGCUACAAUAAAACAAUUUCUCCUAA